CUAGGUUUGGGGAUAUGGAUGGAGUCUCUGCCACUGAAAGCCGGUGAUGAUGGAUUGAAUGGCAAGGCUGUAUAGACUAGUGCUUGAACUCGGAUUGAUGAAGGUGGUAAAUGCUCAAAGGGGUAACCGCAGCAAUGGCUUCAAGAAUUUCUGAAGUAUUAACUACUAACCAAUACAUGCAAAUAUGCAAUACAAAGAUUGAAUUCUUUGUUUUAGUCUAGAGUAUUAAUUUUCAUGCAUUCUACCACCGUGAUUCCAAUAAAUGAUCUUCAUUUCUCUCAACCAAAAAGUAACAUAAAGUCCAUUAGGUGUCCUUUUACUUUGCUAUAAACACCCCAAACAACUUUUGCAGCAAAGAAAUGAAAAACCUGUGAAAGUCUUCCUUAUCCAUCAUGUGACAGCUAUUAAGACUCAGCUAAUUUCACUUUACUCAAAUGCUCCAUUCAUUACCACACCACGUACACCGCUCCUUAUUCAAUCUAUUCACGUUUGAAUACCUUCGUUUAGCAACUUCUCAUCUUUACUAAAGAAAACUCAGAACCCCAUUUUCAGAAUAUUCAUUCAUGCAGAUGCACCUUAUCUCCUCAUUUUUCUCUCAACAUAACUCAUACACUGAUAGUAAUAAUAAUAAUAAAUUAGAACAUGCCAUUCUUUCUCCUCAAGAACUUAUUGGGAGCCAAGAUGAGGAAAGGCAUAAGAACCUUCUGCAACACUGAUGUGUCAACCUCAACUCUCAACCAACAAAAUAGUACUAUUGGCAAUGGGAUUGGCAACCAUAGCCAAGUUGACAUCACAAGCAGCAAGGUAAGCUCCCCUUUUUUGCAAUGUGGCAACUCAAAUUCAAAGCAAAGUACACCAACAUUAGAAGAUCUUAUACUACAAUUAGAAAUGGAGGAAGAGAUGGCAAGGAAAGAAAAACUCAAUGAAUAUAGUGGAAUAAGGGGAAGGAUGUCAUGUGUUAACAACUCUGACAUAUUAAGAUCUGCAAGGAAUGCUUUGAAUCAAUACCCAAGGUUUUCACUUGAUGGAAGAGAUUCCAUGUAUAGGUCAUCUUUUGGGACUAUAGAAGGAAGAAGAUCAGUUUGUAGUGAGAUAAGUUUAGAACCAAAGCUUGAUGAAAAGGUUAUGUGUUUUCCACCAAUAGUUGCUGGGGAGAACGUGGUUUGGUGUAAACCAGGUGUUGUGGCAAAGUUAAUGGGUUUGGAAGCUAUUCCAGUGUCAGUAGGUAGAAAAAGAUCUGACAAAAAAGAGAGGAUAAGUAGUGUUGAUUGUAGGAGACAAAAUAUAAGGAGGAGGUCAUUUGAGAGGCAUGAUUUGGAGAGAAAAAUAGCAAUGGACAUGCAGGGUUAUCGUGAUCACAUUGUUAGAAGAAGAAAUAGGUCUGGUUUUUGCUCUAAAAAUGAAUAUUGUAUUAUGAAACCGGUUUCUCUAGAAGCUAUGGCAGGAGGUCCUAGUAGUUGGCAACCAAGGAGAUAUGUUUAGAUUAGAAUUUGUACUCUAAAACUUGCUAAUGUAGUAAGAAAUUCUAUUCUAUUUUAAGUAAUGCUAAUUAUAAUGCAUGUAAUGCCUAAUAAUCACAUAAGUUUUAUCCA